AUGGCUUUUCUGGCCAUAGAAAACGCCUCCUCCUCCUCAUCUAUUCCUCCUUCUUCUACCCCUGGAUGCAAAUACGACGUGUUUCUCAGUUUCAGAGGCCCCGACACCCGCAACAAUUUCACAGACCAUCUAUACGAUAGGUUGAAACAAGUAGGCAUACCCACAUUUAGGGACGAUGAGAAGCUCGAGCAAGGAACAGAGAUUAACUCAGGGCUCCAGAGAGCAAUAGAUGAAUCGAAAAUCGCUGUUGUCGUUCUAUCCAAACAAUAUGCUUCGUCGAGGUGGUGUUUGAUCGAACUAGCAAAGAUUGUUGAGUGCAUGGACAAGAAGAAGCUGACAGUCCUUCCUGUGUUCCACUAUGUGGAUCCUAGUGAUGUCAGGAAUCAGAGAGGGUCUUUCGCGGAAGCUUUUGCAGAACAUGAAAAUCGAUUCAAAGAAAAGAUUGAUGAUGUGAAGACUUGGAGAGCUGCCUUGACAGCAGUUGCCAGUCUCUCUGGAUGGCAUCUAAAGGAGGAUACUUCUGAAUCAGAAGUUAUCAAAAAAAUCAUUCAAAGAAUAAAUAUUGAGUUGGAUCAUGAAGUCCCAUUUGUUUCCGACGAGCACCUCGUUGGAAUGGACUCCCGUGUGAAGGAAAUGUUGGAUUUAUGCUCGGGUGAAAGGUUGGAUUGUGUCCGCUUAGUUGGGAUUUGUGGUAUGGGUGGAAUCGGGAAAACAACUCUUGCCCGAGAAAUUUAUAAUAUAAUUUUUUGUAACUUUGAAGUUAGAAGUUUUAUUGCUAAUGUUAGAGAAGAGUCUGAAAGACGACGUUUAGUUUCUUUACAGAACAAUCUUCUUUCUGAGAUCCUCAUGGGAACAGGAAAAAAAAUUUCAGAUGUUGAAGAGGGAAAGAAAAUUCUAAGGAAUAGACUCCACAAUAAGAAGGUUCUUAUUGUUCUUGAUGAUGUGAAUGAUGAUGAACAACUAAAAGCAUUUGCUGGGAAGGAUUGGUUUGGUCUAGGGAGUAUAAUCAUUGUAACAAGUAGAGAUAGUCAUUUGUUGAAAACCUAUUGGGAUGGGGCGAUUGAUAUAUAUAAAGCUAAGGGGUUGAAUUAUGGUGAAGCAAUGGAGCUUUUUAGUUUGAAGGCCUUUAAGAAACCUCAUCCUGAAGAAAAUUAUGUGGAUUUGUGUAUAAAUUUUUUGAAUUAUGCUAAGGGCCUUCCUUUAGCUCUUAGAGUUUUAGGUUCUUCAUUGUCUGGUAAAACACUUGAUGUAUGGAGAAGUGCUCGAGAUAAAUUAGAAGCAAAUCCUAAUAGAGACAUUAUGAAUAUAUUGUAUUUCUCUUUAAUGGCAUUAACGGCUAUGACAUAA